GGUCCAGUAGCUGCCGCCACUGCUGACGAAGUCGACGCUGUCGCCGAUGCCAUGAUCGUGUACUGGCUAGUAUGGAAGUGAUGGCAGGAUGCUACAGUAGUCCUUCGGAAGAAGUGUCUCAAGUUCUGGUCGUCUUUCCUUCCGUUCCGCGCGCGUCGCUCCGCACAGACGACGCCUAUGGCUGUAACUCGCCCCUGGACCUCUUCGUCAUCUCCGUCCUCACAACGUCUUAGUGUUGUUGAUGUCCUACUCUCCUCGUCCACCUUCUUCCAAUCGCCCCAGUCCAAUCGGUUUCAUCAUCAUCGCUGCCAUCUCUUCUGCCGGAUUUUACUACGUCGCCAACAAGCGCGAUCAAGAGGCAAAGAGAGCUCCACUUUCCGAAAAGCGUAGACCCUUUGAGAAUCCACUCAUCCCGCCAAGGCAUCGCGACGAGGAACUGCAGCAACAGCAGCAGCAACAACAGUACCAGCAACAGUACCAGAAGCAGUAAACAGCGAGACUUGUCUUUAGCACCAUGCCCGCCGUUGAGAAAAGCCAGGGAGCCGCACCUGAUGCCGCCAAGGAGCUGCAGGAGAGGCAAGGCCCAUUGUUUGACCCCGCCAAGGUCAAGGUCAUUUUCGUGCUGGGUGGACCUGGUAGUGGCAAGGGCACACAGUGUGCCAGGCUAGUAGAGCACUGGGGUUUGGUGCAUCUCAGUGGUGAGUCUACCUGAUGGGCACCUGGACAUCAGCAGUACAAAGAGGUUGCAUUGCUGACUCCUAUCCUGAUUCACUUCGCUCUAUCCAGCUGGUGAUCUGCUC